GCGGGGGGCCUGCGGUGUCCGGUGCCUUGGGGGUUCGGGAGCGGCCUGCUCCCCUUCAGCGGUUCUGUUCUGUUCGGUUCGGCUCGGCUUGCUCGGCUGCCUGCUGGCCCCUCGCUAUUCCGGUUCGGAGCUGAGUGCCCCUGGAGCCAGGUCUUCCGUCGUUCAUUCACCCCUUGGAUCAGGGACCUCUCUUCGUUCAUUUCCCUCAGGAACAAAGUCUCUCCUCAUUUAUUCUCCUCUGGAGCCAGGCCUCCUUUUAUUUAUUCCCCUCUGGAGCCAAGUCUUCCUUCAGUCAUUUCCUUCUGUGUCAAGGCCUCUCCCCCCAUUCAUUUCCCUCUGGAACAGGGCGUCCUCCUCAGUAAUUCCCCUCUGGAGCCAGGACUCUUCGUUUAAUCCCCUCUGGAGCCAGGACCCCCUUCAUUUAUUCCCCUCUGGAGCCAGGACCCCCUUCAUUUAUUCCCCUCCGGAGUCAGGACCCCCUUCAUUUAUUCCCCUCCGGAGUCAGGACCCCCUUCAUUUAUUCCCCUCCGGAGCGAGGACCCCCUUUAUUUAUUCCCCUCUGGAGCCAGUAAUUUCCUUCUGUGUCAAGGCCUCUCCCCUCAUUCAUUUCCCUCUAGAACAGGUCAUCCUCCUCAGUAAUUCCCCUCUGGAGCCAGGACUCCCACCUCAUUAAUUCCCUUCCAGAGCCAGGUGCCUCUGGAGGCAGGUAUGCUUUGAUAAUUCCCCUCUAGAACCAGGUUCCCCCUUGUUUAUUCCCUCCGAAGCCAUGACCCCCCUUGUUUAUUCCCUUCGAAGCUAGGACGCACCUUGUUUAUUCUCUCUGAAGCCAUGAACCUCCUUGUUUAUUCUGCUCUGAAGCCAGGCCCCCCUUGAUAAUUCCUCUCUGGACCCCAGUCCCCUCGGUGCCGGUGGAUUCCCGAGGUGACAGCCACUCACAGGGCCUCCCUGGAGGAGCAGGGCAAAGAGGAGUGGGGGUAAUUUAUUUUAUUCCAUAAUUAUUGUUGCUACUGAGGCAGAUGGAGAGGGAAAGCGCUUCCCUGGCUGCAGCUUCCCAGUCCUGCAGGAGGGAGAGAGGCAGGUCCGCCUGUCCCUGUGCCCAUCCCUGAGUUUGGCGUGAGCUGCCUGGGAGCAGGCAGCAAUAAUGUAAGUAAAAUUAGUGCCUCCUGCUGGGUCUCGCAAUAAUACUAAUAAUCCGGGUGGCAUUUCCAGCUCAGCCUGGCCUGCGGCGAGGCUGUAGGCAGGCAGCAGCCCUGCGCCUCAGUGGAAUAACAGCCGUCUGGUAACAGCACCCAGCAAACUCUCUCACCAUGGGUGGGUGUUUUGUGCUUGUUUUGAACAUGAUGUGAUCGUGUUUGAGCAGCACGGCCUUUUCCUCAGGUGAGAUUACAAAUACUGCUCUUGUCCCCUGCCUGGGAGGGGCUGUUAGCUCAUCAGACCCCGAUGUCCAGGCUGUAAUCUUUAUCUGUUCCUCGCAGUUCUGUGCAUCAUGUGAGCAGCAUCUCACCCUGAUCCGUUUCUUGGACACAUCACAUCUCCGUUCAAAAUGUUCUCGUAAAUGUUCAUCACAGAACUUUGCUGAAAAAUUAAAAUAUCUGUGCCCUGAGACUAAUGAUACCUCUUUUUCUCUCUCUUUUUCUUUUUUUUUCCUUUUUUUUUUCUGGAAAAAAAUAGUGCCUAAAACAGUGGAAAUAACUGAAAGCUUCCAACCUGUUUCUGUGUGGUUCACUGACAUAAAGGGAAUUGCAUUUAUCACUGGCACUCUUACAGACUGUUUUAGCUCUGAUACACUAGCUGUGAUAUUUUUAUUAUUGUGUUUCAUUCAGUUUUGCCCAGUGAUAAUUUGUUAGGCAAGCUUUUUUUCCCCCCCAUCUAUAGUCAGUGUCCCGUGUCGGCUGGUUUGUGUGAAGCGGUGCUGGUGUGUUUUGCUUUGUAAUCUUGUGGGGAAGUUCAUAAACCCAGUGUUUGGUGGCUUUUUUUUUUUUUAUGAGUGUGUGUGUCUCGUGUUUUACUUCUAGAGCAAGGUCUUAUUUUUUGUGGAAGUUCUUGCCUUGUUGAGCAAAACUGGAAGUUAGGGCUACGAGCUUCUGCAAUCCAUUGCCCUUUUUAACUUUUUGUAACCGUAGACUCCCCAGUCAGAGGAAACGAGGUGAAAAAUCAUAGUAAUGUUAAAAUAAAAUCAGCAUCCUUAGUUAAAUAAUUUAAUGAUUAAAUUAUAACAAAUAUUUACCUAUGCAAUCACCUCCAUAAAAGGCAGUGUUAAUUAAAUCUGUUGCUGCCCAACCAAAGGCUUCAGCUAGAACUUGUUCCCUGCUGUCCCAGGCGUGGAUGGAGAGCAUGAUGCCGUACUAUUAUUCCCACAGAUGUUCACAGAAGACACUGAGAGAAAGGAGCAGGAGUGUACGAGACAGUCCUGCCUCAGCACAGGACAAGUCUAGGUUUGAAUUGUUGCCGCCUUGAAAACCGGGCUGUAUUUGAAAUGUUAAUAUCCCACCAAAAUGGUUUAAUUUUAUUUUGAAUGAGUCCAUGGCAACAGGUAGAGAACAGCUUCUGGAACGUUCUACCCCUCAAAUGCGGCGUUGCAUUUGGUGUAACGCUCGGAGGUGUUAAUUGAAGGGUAUUGGUAGGCCUGUUAUCGCCACACCAAGCCAUGUGGGGGAAAAUACAGCCCGGUUCUUGUUCCUAAGUUUUAGUUCUGUGGGUUUUUUGCCCUUCCCCAGAACCCUUGGUCUUGAAGAUGGUGAGUAGCCAGCCUAAGUACGAUCUAAUACGGGAGGUUGGUCGUGGCAGUUAUGGUGUGGUGUACGAAGCAGUCGUCAGGAAGACCUCGGCCCGGGUCGCGGUGAAAAAGAUUCGGUGCCAUGCUCCAGAGAACGUGGAACUAGCUCUGCGUGAGUUCUGGGCGCUUAGCAGUAUCAAGAGCCAGCAUCCCAACGUCAUUCACCUGGAGGAGUGCAUCUUGCAGAAAGAUGGUAUGGUGCAGAAGAUGUCCCAUGGCUCCAGUUCCUCCCUUUAUUUACAGCUUGUAGAGACCUCAUUAAAAGGAGAAAUAGCCUUUGACCCCAAAAGCGCUUAUUACCUCUGGUUUGUAAUGGAUUUCUGUGAUGGAGGAGAUAUGAAUGAAUAUCUGCUAUCCCGAAAGCCCAACCGCAAGACCAACACCAGUUUCAUGCUUCAGCUCAGCAGCGCGCUGGCAUUCUUGCACAAAAAUCAGAUUAUCCAUCGUGAUCUCAAACCUGACAAUAUCCUGAUAUCCCAGAGCAGGGUGGACGCUAGCGACUCAGAGCCCACCCUGAAAGUGGCUGAUUUUGGGCUGAGCAAGGUAUGUUCGGCCUUGGGACAGAAUCCAGAGGAACCAGUCAACGUAAAUAAGUGUUUUCUAUCGACUGCCUGUGGGACUGACUUCUACAUGGCCCCUGAAGUCUGGGAAGGACACUACACUGCCAAAGCAGAUAUCUUUGCGUUGGGGAUUAUAAUCUGGGCGAUGUUGGAAAGAAUGACGUUCAUAGACACGGAAACAAAGAAGGAACUGUUGGGGAGUUACGUCAAGCAGGGGACAGCGAUCGUGCCUGUCGGAGAGGCUCUCCUGGAAAACCCUAAAAUGGAACUACUCAUCCCCGUAAAGAAAAAAUCCAUGAACGCUCAAAUGAAACAGUUGAUCAAGGAGAUGCUGGCUGCUAACCCGCAGGACCGACCCGAUGCUUUUGAGCUAGAGCUGCGAUUAGUCAGCAUAGCUUUUAAAGACAGCAGCUGGGAGACGUGACCGGCUGAGCCAUGUUCCUCGACAGAGCUCCUUCUCGCUUUGCCAAUGGUGCACCUCAACAGCAGCACAAGAAACGAGCCUGAAGUCAAACCCAGAAGGUCUUGUUUUGACCAAACCGAUCUCUUUUUUGAGUUGAUACCAAGGCGAGUUGGCCAUUGCGUUCAGGAUGCGUUGCUGUGUAUCAUACUGGGAUGUUACACGCAGGCAUAAGCAUGAUGGUGUUCAUUUGUGUAUGCUGGCAGGGGGGUGUCUGAAAAGCUGAGACUUGAUUCUCAGCACCGUGACAUGGAAUAUUUCAUACAUUCCACUUUCCUAUGUCAGUAUUAGGAACUCUCAUGGAAAAAGAGAUUUGCAUGCUGGCAGUGCAAAUCUUCAGGCUUUGUAAAGUAACUCUGUGUAUAUAUUUAUGUAUAUGUGUGACUGGGAGCGUAUGCCGAUUCUCUUAAAUUAUUUGCUGUGGGUCUGAAUGAUCAGGGUCUGCUAGAAAAUGAGGUGAAGAAGAUAAAUGAGGUGCAUUCCUUCUUCCCCAGGCUUGAAUAACUUUAUAAUUUAUUUUUGUUCUUGAAUGUCAAAGAUAGGGCCUGAGACUUGACUUUUAGACAAAAAAAUACAAUGCAAGGGGGUCAGCAGCUUUUGUGCUGACAUGGCCAAGCGUAGCACUUAGAGCUUAAUGAGCUCGCCACCGAGGGAGUCAGAUUACAGAUGUGUGCGAUCAGGUACUGGCAUGUUGGCUAGGCCAUUAAUCAUUCAAUUCUGCUUUCUUCCAGUGAUCAAAUGCUUUGUUAAUCAGUUAAUCUACAGUUUCACAAUGUACUCUCUACCUUUGGCUCUAUAAUCCAGCAGCACCUUGAGAGUUUUUAAUGGCAGAGUACUGUGGGCUUAGUUUAGGAAACGUGGAUGAAGGAAUCCAGCAGCAGAGAGUAUUCUUUUUGAGAUUCUUCAAACUAUGGUUGCAGCACAGUUUCCCUGUUAACUGAAGUGAUAACACAGGUCCUGAUCUCUUCUUUUCCGCCCCUGCUUCUGACUUGGUGGUGGGGAGGAGACAAAGGGGCAGCUGUUUCUUGUUGAACACGCCUAUUCCUCAGUGUGGGAGAAAAUCAGUAAAUGGUACGUGAGAGCUCUUGCCAAUUUGUGUGGCAGCCUUGGCACAUUUUUUAGUUUGUUUUCCUCCUUUUAAAGAAGUCCUAUUUAUUUAAAAGCAGGGGUGGUAGGAUGGAAAGCUUCGACUGGGUGCUUAUCCCCAGCUUUUGCUCCACAGAGGCAGAUGGAUGUGUGGUGAGCGAGGUUUCACCCAACACCACGCGGCAGACAGAACCGGCUUUGCGAUGGUCUAACCUUUCUCAUCAGUUUGACCUUUUGGAAAAAGUGAAGCCUUUAAUAUAUCUGCCCUUAAAGGCAUUUUUUUUUAAGCUGUAACAAAGGCUGGUUUUCUUAAUAAAAUCAAUUAAAUGUUUUCUUCCCAGAUGUUGCCUGCAAACUGCUGUAAGUAUUCUCUGGGAAACUUGCUUCUCACAGGCUGUUCUCUGUCAGUGCCGUGAGAGCAGUUCUCAUCAACCAGUGGUUAUUCUGCCCAGAUGAGAAUAAACAGCACAAAACAUAGUUUGUUGUUAUUCCAAAAGCAAAGGAUUCUGAUUCUACCAAACUUCCAUUAUGGGCUGCAGCUGGUCCUUGCCCAGGGCUGUGUGGAGCAGAUAACAGUUACUUGCAGGGCCUCCAUCCUUAGUCCUUGUGAUUUUGCUUCACUUUAUCAUUUAAGGCAAGUUAUAUAAACAGCAAUUCUCAGGCAAAUACACUUUGCUGCCUCAAAAUAUUUAUUGUUUAGAAGCUGCCAUAGAAAUAACUUUCAGAAGGCAGAGUUCCUGCGUGGAGCAGAGCCCCGUGCUCCAGGGUGAGCUGGCAGGGACAGAAGUGGCUGCAUCAAACCAAGGAUGCUGCCUCUUGCCUGCUUGGACCUCCCCUCUGCAGGGAGCUUAGUCUGUACAAGAAAACCUGUGAGUAAUGAUGAGGAGAGAUCUAUAUAGUCUUAUAUUCUAGAAAUGGAGAGCUGUUUGUUUUCAUAAGUUCAGCACAGUUAAAGCCUCAACUUGUGACCGAAAGGAAGAAAACAAACCUUUUGUCUGUGCCAGCACCAUUUCACAGUAUUUACAUUUCAGCACAGUCUUUCAAUGAGUAAAGUUUUAAGAAUUUUUAUCAUUUUCCCAUGUUGAAGUUGAGAUCCUUUUAAAAACACAUUGCUAAAUUCCUUCUCUCUCCUGCCCACUCAAAACUCAGAAUCAACCGUGUUAUUUUUAUGAAUCCAAUGCUCCUCUAAGGUGCUUUGCAACACAUCUGAUUCUCCCCUGAGGUGUUUCAAAGAAUGAACAUCGACGUGCUGCCUGCCUGCAGUGCAGAGGUGAGUGAAUGGCACAGGAAGGGCUGGGUUUAUUGACUCCCGAAGUGUUUCUUUGCACUGAUUGCCACUUUAAAGGGUGGAGGUACUUGAAAUCCCUCUCAUGGUGCUUAGCCUUGCUGUUGGGUAACCUAACACUGAAUGGUAGUCCUCCAGGUCUGUGUUCUGUUUGAUUUUUGUUUUCUGAGGUCUUUGUUUUAAAGCCUUUGAUAAAUCAAAUUGUUGUAGCAGCUAUGGAGUUAAUUCACCAGCGUGACACGAAGUCAAGAUACUUUUCAGCACUCAGAAAAGAUAUUUUUUUUUUUUUGUUCAAAUCUUUCUUUAAAAACUGUAAAAUAUAUUUUAUGGAGAAUUUAUAAUGAGGAAAACGAUUGUGUAAUUUAUUAAGUUCAUGACUGUUUUUGAAAUAAAAUCUUUCGAUGAAGGUUUUGAACUUUUUACAAAGAAAUGCUUUCUUCUCGGUCAGAGCGAGAGCAUCCGGCUGUCGGCAGAGCUGCGGGAGGGUUUCUUUGCUGUGCUAGGAAAGAAGGAAGCAGUGGUACUUCAUCAGUCACACCGUAAGUGAUCUUAGGCUUGUAAAAGAUGCUAGGCUGGCCAAUAGCUGUGCCGCUCAUCCUCCGUGAGUAGCGGCAGUGCCCAGCUUCCACUGGUGUGUAGCGUCCUACUGGAGAGCUUGACGAAGCGAGGCCAAACGGGGUGGAAACAGAGCUGUCUCCUAGGCAGGUUGAGGUGAGCUGCGUCCAGACGCGCCCUGCAGCUUUUGCUGAGCCCUUUAAGAAUCAAACUGCUCUUCUGGGUGUGCUGCCUUGUUCCCAGAGGGGAUUAAAGACUAAAGAAAGCAUUCUCACAUCCAGUAAGUAUUUGUAGCUGUUACUACAAGCAGAGCAAGUACCACCCUGGGCUGUAAGGAAAUCUCUGGCCGGCUCUGCCUAUCCCGGUACUGGUACAACUGGAUUUUUGAGGCUGCAGAUGAGUGCUGCCGCUCUCCUGGACGCUGGCACUCCUCCCUCUGAAGCGAGGCUUUCCCCUUGAGUUCCUGCGUGUGCUGGAAUAGGAUUUCCUCCAAGGAGCCCUGCUGCCCCCAGGCAGAGGGGUGAAGGCAGCCCGGUGAAUGCACACUCUGCUGUGACAGUGGCCGGCUGGUCUCACAUGCCCCGAGAAAUGUUAGAAAUAAAGCUGUGGAAACACCAUUACUUAUACAUGGUUCAAUGCUUAGCAGUCAUUUGCAUGUUUUAAUUAACAGUGCUGUAGAACAAAGGGUUGUGCAGACUCAGAGUGGGAAUUGUGCACACUGGGAAUGCUGUAAGUUGUCUUGCUCUUUCUUACCCUGCAACAAACCCAAGCCCAGUCAUCUCAUAUGCUUGUAUCAUCAUGUGUGGGUUCCUAUGUAUCCUGGUGCUGGAAACAGGCAGAUUCCCCCUCUGGCAGGAGCGGUGUGGUUAAAUCGGUAAAUCCAUGCGGUUGUUGCAGAAGAGAAAGGGAUUGGAGCUUAGAUUAUGAAAGGAUAAGCCCUUAAUUAAAGGAGAAACUCAAACCUCUCUGAUUAUUUGCAAGAGUGGUGAUUGUAAAUACAGGCACAC